AUGAGCGUCGCCUUGGACCCCAGCGCGGUGAAGGUCUACACCGUGAACGGAGAAGCUUCCGGGUCUUCUUCGUCUCUGCCCGACUGGCUCACGCGGAAACGAGAUGCAAAGGGGAAGGGGAAGAGGGCUAUCAGGGAGCACAUCGAGGGCUCAAUAGAGCUCAUCCAACACUUUGACUUCCCGGAGGCCAGUAACAAGGUCAAGACCACCCGGGACGGCCGCCAUGCGCUCGCAACGGGAACCUAUAAGCCGCAAAUCAAGGUCUGGGACUUGGACGAGUUGUCACUGAAGUUCGAGAGGCAUACGGAUGCGGAGAAUGUUGACUUUGUUAUGCUCUCGGAUGACUGGACAAAGUCAAUACACCUACAAAACGACCGCUCCGUCGAGCUGCACACGCAAGGCGGGUUCCACUACCGAACGCGCAUACCGCGCUUCGGGCGUUCGCUCGCCUACCAUUUCCCCUCCUGCGACGCCCUCUUCGCAGCAUCCGGCCCAGAAAUCUUUCGCCUCAACCUCGACCAAGGGCGCUUCCUAAAUCCGCUCAUACUGCAGGGCGAGGGCGGGGAGGAUAUCGCAGGGGUGAAUGUCAUAGACAUCAACCCCGCACACCAACUGUUCGCCUUCGGAGUGGAGGGGAACGGUACAGUCGAGUUCUGGGAUCCCCGCUCGCGCUCACGGGUCGGCAUUCUGCGCUUACCCCGCGAACGGCUUAUGCCCAUGAACCAUCUGUCCGCACCUGCUCUACCUGGCGUGGACGAUGGCCCUGCACCGUUGUCUGUCACGGCUAUUUCGUCAAGACCGGACGGCCUCUCAUACGCCGUGGGGACGUCUACCGGCCACACUCUCUUGUACGAUAUUCGGUCGGCAAGACAUAUUGCGAUGAAGGACCAAGGGUACGGCCUGCCCGUGAAGAACGUCCAGUGGAUAGAGGGUGGCAGCCGAAUGGCUGGGGAGGGCUAUCUAUUGAGCGCGGACAAGAAGGUCAUCAAAAUUUGGAAUAAGAAUUCGCCCGAAGUCAACUUUACCUCCAUCACGCCCGCGAACGACCUCAACGAUGUGCACCAUGUACCGGGCAGCGGCUUGUUGCUGCUCGCGAAUGAGGGGAUCAAGAUGACGAGCUACUUUAUCCCCCAGCUGGGACCCGCCCCGAAGUGGUGCAGUUUCCUCGAGAACCUCACGGAAGAGAUGGAGGACCAGACGACGCGCACUGCGUACCAGGACUACAAGUUCAUCGACCGCGGCGAGCUCUCCAAACUCGGCCUGGAUCACCUCGUGGGCACGCCCGCACUCAAGCCGUACAUGCACGGGUACUUCGUGUCACUGGAACUGUACGACGCCGCGCGCGUGAUCGCGAACCCGUACGCGUACGCGGAGCACCGCGAGCGCAUGGUGCAGGAGAAGAUGGAGAAGCUCGCGGAGACGCGCAUCCGCUCGCGCAAGGACGCGGGCGCGGUGAAGGUGAACAAGGCCCUCGCGGAGAAGCUCAAGAAGGAGGAGGCGCGCGAGCGCAAGCGCGACGAGCGUCGUGCGAAACGUGCAAAUCUCCCGGCAGAUGCGGAGGAAGGGGAGAAGGACGCGAUGGAGGUCGACGAGGUGGCCGUGGAAGAGGAGGAGAUGGAGGACGAGGAGACGGAGAAGCCGACGCUGCUCAGCGAUCCGCGUUUUGCGGCCGUGUUCCAGGACCCCGAGUUCGAGGUGGACGAGAGCACUAGAGAGUUCGCGCUUUUGAACCCCUCGGCGGUUGCGCAGCGGCAAGGGCGUCCCGAGGUGGGUCGGGGCCGGACGAAGACGGCGGUGGAGGAUGAGGAGGAUGAGAGCGACAAGGUGUCUUCCGACGGUCUUAGCUCGGGUGAGGAGAGCAAAGCGGACAAGAGCGGCAGCGAGAGCGAAGACAGCGACGAUGCCGGCAAACUGUGGCAGGACAACAUCCGUGUGCGCAUGGCGGCGCGUGCAAGCUCCCAGAAGCAGGCGAGGGCACCGCAGCGGCGGGAGGCGAAGGUCCGUCUGGCGCCUCUCCAAGCACAGAGCGACACGGGUGCUCGCGGCGUGGACAAGAACGCGACGUUUGGCCAGCGCCGCUCUCACCUAGGCUCGAAGGGCAAGGAGCGUGCAUCUUCUGGGCGGGGAGACUCCUCCGUCCGCCACACAGCAGGGGGCGGCAUCGAGAUGACGUUCAUUCCUCGGACGACCUCUUCCGGCCAGGACUACGACGACGCGGCGCCGUUGAAGAAGGGCAAGGACGCUAAGCGGAAGGGCGUGGAGUCGUUCGGCGCGGGGAUGGAGAGGGGCGGGGAGGACCCGGAGCACGAGAUGAGCGAGACGGAGCGGAAGGGGCGCGCGAAGCGGCGGCAGGGCAUGCGGAGCGGGAGCAAAAACACGUUCAGGAGGAUGUGA